GGUUCGUUGGGUGUUGUUACAGUCAAACCGGUUGUGUACAUUACUUCAUUGGUUGUGAAUGUUCUGUCAAGUGGGAUGAAGUUUUUGCAUGGGGGUGGUGAUAGUGGUAUUGUUGUUGAAGAAGAAUAUCCCAACGUGAUUCCAGAAAAAGCCAAGAUGACCCGAAAUGCAAUUAAAGAGGAGUUUGACGAAAUUGAUAAAAAGAAUGGUUGGCACUUUCUGUUUCAGGAAGUAAAGGAAAAAUGUGAGAAAGAGGCUAAGGAAAAAUCAUAUUCAGUUAAUGCAUCCAGUAAAAAUCAAAAUCGUAUGCUGAACCGUUACAGAGAUGUUCAUCCCUACGAUCACUCACGCAUAGUUAUUCAUCGUGGUAAAGUUGACUACAUCAAUGCGAACCUCGUGAAACUUGAGAGAGCCAAUAGACAAUAUAUUUUAACGCAAGGCCCACUAAAAGAAACUAUCGGGCAUUUCUGGCUUAUGAUUUGGGAACAAAACACGAAAGCGAUUGUUAUGCUCAAUAAACUGUUAGAAAAAAAACAAAUAAAGUGUCAUAUGUAUUGGCCUGAACGAAUCGGUAGUGAGCACAGCCUCCACAUGGAUGAUGUUGGUUUGACUGUUGAGUAUUUGAAUUGUGAAGAAUACGCAAAUUUUUCAAAAAGAAUCUUCAGACUUAUAGAUGUAGAAUCGAACACUUCGCGUGAAGUGAUACAGUUUCAUUAUACUACCUGGCCCGACUUUGCCGUUCCGAGUUCACCAGUUGCGUUCUUGCAGUUUCUCAAAAGAGUCCGUGAGUCUGGCGCCCUUGAAUCCGAUAUAGGUCCAGCUGUAAUUCACUGCAGCGCUGGCAUUGGUAGAUCAGGCACAUUUUGCCUAGUGGAUUGCUGCUUAGUAAUUGUUGAAAAAGAAGGGGAAAUUGAUCUCUCUGUUCAAGAAAUACUUUACGAACUGCGGAAAUAUAGAAUGGGUCUCAUCCAAACACCAGAUCAACUGUAUUUUUCGUAUCAAGCGGUUAUAGAAGGCAUAAAGCUGCUCAAAGAUCCAAAUUUCAAUAACUACGAAGAAGUUCCUUUAAUCGCAGAAGGUUGCAACGAUGAUAUUCACGAGAUACCUCCUCCAUUACCACCAAGGAUUCAGUCGUUACAGGUGUCCUCAGUGAUAAAUAAACCAUUGCCAACGAUCCCAAAUAGCGAAAGUGUAUAUGAAGACCUUGUAACCGGUACAUCAACAGCCGAAGAUAUUGAUGAAGAUGGCCAUAAUCCACCAGAUUCUUCGUCGCAUCUCCAGCAAACAUCAAUCGACAAAAUAUUGGCUAUAGAGGAAAAUACAAUACUGAUGCAAACUUCGCAAGAUCCCGGCAAUAUUGCAGAAAGUACGAACGAUAAUGAAAAAGUUGCUGGAUUGAAUGGAAACAACAACAAAAAUCUGGAAAAAGGAGGUUCUCCGCUUCUCAAAUAUGAUAUGGAUGCAACAAACGAUGAAAGGUUGAAUGAUUCCCAAGUACGACGACGAAAACGUGCCGAAAAACAGUUAGCUCUUGAAAAUAAAAUACAUAAUAUCAAACGAAAACAACGUGAAGUUGAUGAACAAACUAGAAUAUCAAAAAAGCGGAAAUCAUUACUCAAAUAUAUUCUAGCAGGUGUUGUCAUCGGCUCUGUUUGCAUAUAUGCGUAUUCAAAAUUCAGUUAAAUUACUAUGACGAACGUUCAGAGAAACUGCCAUUGUGUCAAAUUUGAUAAUAACACUCAAAGCGAAUAUCAGGUGCGAAUUUCGUUAUUAUAGACUGAUUAAAAUAAAUUUUAUACACAUCCGCAAAUGUAACAGAGCUUGAAUGUGUUCGUGUAUACGACAAGCUUCCGUUCAAUGUUUACAAGAGAUCAAAACCAAAAAGACGCAUUCAUUGCAAAACAAAACAGAUUUUUCUUCCAUAAUUCGAAGAUCACUUUGUAGUAAUCCUCAGGUUCACAUAGAGUCUUUUUACUAUUAUGAAUUAUUUACACUCUAAUUUUACGAACCAGAAGGUUUGAAUAUUUUGUUUUGCGUUAUCGAAAAGCAAUGUCUUUUUUCCUGUAAAUAAAUGCAGUUUGUAUAUUUUCUAA